AUGUUUAAUAUGACCCUGAAAAUGACAACUUCCUGUGAAAAGCGCAUGCGUUCUCUUUUGCAUUAACCUCGUGGAGAGAACAGAAGAUUUCUGGCUCACCGCUGUUCAAAAGUCGUAUUUUUGAUUAAGUCGGCCAGAUAUUACAGAAAAAAAUAUGUCCUUCAAAGAUACUAAGGCUCCAACAGAUGAGGCACCAAUUCAUCGCAUCCGAAUUACACUUACCAGCAAGAAUGUGAAAAGUCUUGAAAAGGUCUGUGCUGACCUAAUCAAAGGUGCCAAGGAAAAGUCUCUCAAAGUGAAAGGACCCGUGCGUAUGCCUACGAAGAUUCUUCGCAUCACCACCCGUAAAACACCCUGUGGAGAAGGAUCAAAGACCUGGAGCCGAUACCAGAUGAGGAUCCACAAGCGAAUCAUCGACCUUCACAGUCCAUCUGAGAUCGUCAAACAGAUUACCUCCAUCAGUAUUGAGCCUGGUGUGGAAGUGGAGGUGACCAUUGCUGAUGCAUAGACUCUUGUCAGUAUGAACUUUUGACAAUAAACGGUCUUUCUCAGA